GCACUGAAGCUGCCACAUGUGAAGUACAUUGAAGAGGAUGCUUACAUCUUUGCCCAGAGCAUUCCCUGGAACCUAGGCAGGAUUUUGCCAUCAAAGCCCAGCUCAGGCACCUACAGUCCUCCCAAUAAAGGUGACCUGGUGGAAAUUUAUCUGCUGGACACCAGUGUGCAGAGCACCCAUCGGGAGAUCGAGGGCAGGGUGCUUGUGACUGGCUUCGAGAGCGUCCCUGAUGAGGAUGGCACCCACUUCCACAGGCAGGGGAGCCCUGAGGUGCCACGUGCUGCAUCAUGUGGGCGCGACGCUGGUGUGCCCACAGGUGCCAACAUCCGCAGCCUCCGUGUGCUGAACUGCCAGGGGAAGGGCACCGUCAGUGGGACCCUCAUGGCCCUGGAGUUCAUCAAAGGAGCGCUGGAGGCUCAGCCCUACGCUCUGCCGGUGGUGGUGCUGCCCUUUGCCGGCGCCCACAGCCAUGCGCUGAACACUGGCUGCCGGCGGAUGGCUCAGGUGGGGGUGGUAAAAAAAAAGGACGAUGCCUGCCUCUACUCACCUGCAUCCGAGCCAGAGGUCAUCACAGUUGGUGCCACCAACAGCGAGGACCAACCUGCUUCUAUUGGCACCCUGGGCACCAAUUUUGGCCGCUGUGUGGACCUUUUUGCCCCAGGGGAUGACAUCAUUGGUGCCUCCAGUGACUGCAGCACAUGCUUCACGGCGCAGAGUGGGACAUCGCAAGCAGCCGCUCACGUGGCAGGCAUUGCUGCCAUGCUGCUCAGUGCUGAGCCCCAGCUGAGCCUCGCUGAGCUCCGGCAGCGCCUCCUGCACUUCUCUGCCAAGAACAUCAUGGACAUGAUGUGGUUCCCAGAGGAGCAGCGGCUCCAGACGCCCAACAGAGUGGCCAGACUGCCCACCUGGCUGGGCACAGACAAGCAGCUGUACUGCCGCUCGGUGUGGUCACCGCGCUCGGGGCUCACCCUUCACGCCACAGCUGUGGUUCACUGUGCCAGCACCGAGGAGAUGCUCAGUUGCUCCAGCUUCUCCCACAGUGGCAGGUGGCUGGGGGAGCACAUGGAGGACAAGGAUGGGCAGAAGCAGUGUGUGGCCCACAAUGCUUUCCAGGGCCAGAGAGUCUACGCCAUCGCCAGGUGCUGCACAUGGCCCAGGGCCAAGUGCUGGAUCAACACCAAUUCCCUGGCAGCUGAAGGGGCUGGCUGCUCCCCACGGGACCAUGUGCUGACCGGGUGCAGUUUCUACUCCCCCACUGUGGCACCGGGUGAUGGUGGCAGACCCGUUGCAGGGCUGGGGAGCUGGCCUAGCCACUGUGUUGGCAGGAUGGAGGUGAUGGCACAUGCCUUGUGCUGCCCCACCGCCAGCCUCGAGUGCCACGUCAGGGAGCACACAUCCCUGGGCUCUAAGGAGAAGGUGACGGUGUCCUGUGGUGAUGGCUGGACGCUGACGGGCUGUAAUGGUCAUUCCCAGAGCUCUGGCACCAUGGGAGCCUAUGCCACGGACAAUACCUGUGUGCAUGGCAGCAGCAGCAGCACAGCUGUGGCCAUUGCCAUCUGCUGCCGGAGCCCACAGUAG